CAGUAGUUCGGCCGAGCACCGCGCGGCGCCUACGUGUCCAGUCCGCGUCGCCCGUUCACCAUACAAAGAACACCUCUGUACUGUAAAAAAUCUGUGAUGUAUUGAUUAAUUUCAACUUUAUCCUCACGCUAAUAACCGUCUAACACAACCGUGAAGUUCAAACCAGUGUUUAAAUCGAGACAAACGGUGAUUACGACGCGUUUUGAACGGGCCACGUCCUAUGGAAUUCCACAUUUAUCGUUGAAUAGAAUCUAGCGGACUGAGAAACAUGGAGGACCCAUCGCGUCGCCUCUGAAUGGAUUGAUCGUGUUUUAUAAGUGAAAUUGUGGACGUUUUGUGAUGUAUAGUGAUUGUGCUUUAUAAAUAUGGAUUGGUGUAUGUUCGAGAGUGUGUAGCUAGCCCGACUCCGUAGCGUCGUCGUUAUAGAAUGCGAGUGUAGUAAACCAGUCAGGAUGGUGUCGCUUACAUACUUUGGCCUCCGUCAUACGCCGUGGACCGUCCUUGUGCUUAUUUUCUUCAUCGAAAGCGUGAUGGGGAACUAUGCCAAGUCCUUCUACAUACAUUGGAACACAACAAACAGCAUAUUCCGAAUAGAUAACACAGACCAUGUAUUCGACUUGAAUAAAGGAAACGCACAGUUCGAAUACGACCAAGUGAAUAUAAUAUGUCCAGUGUACACCCCGGGGACGUUUGAGGAGGACACGGAAAAGUAUAUAAUAUAUAACGUGAGUAAAGAGGAAUAUGAUACGUGUAGGAUAACUAAUCCGAACCCCCGGAUAAUCGCGAUAUGCGAUAAACCGCACAAAUUGAUGUUUUUCACUAUAACGUUCCGGCCGUUCACGCCUCAGCCGGGCGGCUUGGAGUUCCUCCCGGGGAAGGACUACUACUUCAUAUCGACGUCCAGUAAAGACGACCUGCACAGACGCAUCGGGGGCCGAUGUCUGAGUCACAACAUGAAGCUGGUGUUCCGGGUGUGCUGCAAGCCGGAGGAGCAGUCCCCGGCGCCGCAGCCGCAACCAACUCCGCCUCCGCCUCCCCCGCCUCCGACCACGCCGACCACCACGACAAGCACCACCACAGUCAAGCCGGUCACUAAAAAGACGCACAAGUACGACAAGACGCCGAAUGAGGUGAUCAAAAGCGAGGAGUUGUCUCACUCCCGUGGGGCCGCGCUGGCUUCGUCCCUCGCCCUGGCUCUGGCGGCGAGCGCCGUCUUAGCGCCCCUGGCUCGGUGAAUGUGCGCACGGGCGGCGCGACCCGAGCGGCCCCAUCUGGUCGCGAAGCCAGGCCCCAACACACAGACUUUACACACACUACAUCUACGCCCGGACACUCUCAUCUACACGUGAAUUUGUGCGAAACAGUGAACAAACUAGUGCAAGUGUUGUGCCCCAAGGAUUUUGGAUCUUAUCGACUUGUAAGUAAAAGGUGAUAAGGGAUGUGCAAAACUCAAGUUCCAAUCGACAAACUUAGUCUUAAGGAACACGAAAGCCUAAUUUUUAUCUAAGUAUAAUAUGGGCCUACUGAGUAAUUUGUGAAAUUAAUUUCAUUAGAGGACUUUAAACUGUAGUCUACGAUCAGUUAAAUAUAUUUAUAUAUAAAGAAAUGUUAACAUGUAUGAUAAAAUUAGGUUUCUUAAACCAUUUAGGAAUUAACGAUUUUUUAUAUUUUUCAUUAUGCAAAGGAUAUUUGACUAAGAAAUUAGGGUUCUUAACGGAUCAAAUGCAGAUAUAGGAAAACGUAUUUAAAACAAUUAGGUAGCUUUUUUAAUUUUUAGUUCUGAAAACAGUUUUUUUAAUACUUCUCACGACGAAUAAUUAGAAUUUUAUUUAUAUUAUAAAUGAAAAACUUUGGGCAAGUUAAGAAUCUUGUCUAUGAAACUGUGAUUUUGGUUUUAGUAUUUUAUUUCUCUCUUUGUAAUAUGCUUUUAUUAUGUGAUAUAUUUACCUUUUAUGUAUUAAAAGUGAAAGCCUUUUCACCUCAUUUUUCUUGACUGAUUUUUGCAUUUCAGCUUUUUCAUAUUUUUUAACGAAAAAAAUAUAAAAUGCUAGACGCACGUCACUAUCUUUGAAAAUGGCAGCCAAAUAUCGAUAGAACUUUGGAAUUCCGCCAUUUUCUUAUUUACAAACUAGCAAAGUAAGCUAAAAAGAUAGUGAGAUGCAUUGGCAGCUAAGUAAAUAACAAUUCUGAGACCUACGCCUAUUAAAAAACAUGAAAUUUUCAAAAAUGUGUGACUACAAUGAAAAUUUCAUCUUUUUCAAAAUAAGGAUGCACAAUAGUGCCAUCGAGAAACGUGAAAACGUUUUAUUUAAUAACGAAAUAGUCAAAUAGUUAAUAGUAGACGAAAUAGACCGGUUUUCUUUUAGACAUAACUCAAUAGUGACAGUUGAUAUAUUUUAGGUAGUUUUUAAGAAGAAAACAAUUGAGUUUCAAAUUGCAUUGAGAGAUGACACACAACUUAAACAACGAAAUUACAACAAAAUAGCAAAACUUAAGAAAUAGAUACUGCACUUGAUGCAAAACCACAUAAAGAUAAUCUUUUAAAGCAAACUGAAGAAAAUAUAAGUCUAGCUUCAGAAGUAAAUGCUAAUUAUCAUUCUAAUGCUGCAGCUGAAAUAACUAUUGCUAUAAAAGACAGGACUAAGCUCAUUAAAACAGAGUAAUCUUAUAACAUUGAUAUUCGACCUUACAACGAGAACUAAUAAUUCAUUUGAAAUGUGACAGACCAAACCUUCUAUCUCAAUUUUCAAAGAUUUAUUAACAGUAAAUAGUAUGGAAAAUAAUGAGAAAAGUUUUCCUAGAAUAGCUUAUUUUAGAGAGCCUAGGAUAACGCUUGAUGAUAAUCAUAAUAUUAAUAUGGAUUAUGACAACAAUGCAUUGAAAAUUGACAACUAAGAAAAACUUCAAAAGAAGAAAAUACCUUUUGCAAAACUAUUCAAAAAUCAUUCAGCUCAAUGUAAAGAUUACAUAAAUAAAUCUGUUGAAGAUGAAUUCAAAUGAAAACAUCUUAAAAACUACACAUCUGGCAAAGACAACAGAACAACAUUUUUAUCGUCGUAAAACUAAAAUACAGCUAAUUAAAGAUAAAAAGAACGUGACACAUAAAAAGGUUUUACUCUCCUUUAAAAACAAAACGACAUUUUACUGUGUCUUUGGUCAUGCAUUGUUUUCUAAACAAAUGCGCGUUUAAAUAUAGACUGAGCGUGUAUUAUCGUUUAAGAUCUUAAGUUGUACACACACUGUUGAAACUGACUUUAUUUUAUAUUCAAAAACAUUCUCACAUUCAUGUACAAUAUCCCUUGUAGCAAGAUUUACGAAUUAUAACUUUGAACUCUCAAAAACAUCAUCAAUAUUGCUCUCAUCACGUUUUUUGAGUCCAAAACUCCAAUAGAGGAAAAUCGAUUUAUAAUUUUGCAUAUUUGAGCGUGGAAAAUUUGUAGGCAAUGGUGUCAGAAUCGUGACUGCAGAUUCAGUUUUCGAAAGCAGCGCUUCAAAGACGAUAUUUGCAAGUAGAGUUUUUUCCUCAUACUUUCCAUCAUCAGCCUUUUUAUUGUCCCACUGCUGGGCACAGGCCUCUUCUCACACAGAGAAGGAAUGAGCGUUAAUCACCACGCUUGCUCAAGGCAGCUUGGCAAUCUUUGAACAAUUGUAGUUAGGUAAAAGGGAUAGGCCAUACGUGUCUCAUCGUUCUAGACAUUUACAUACGUCCCUCCUUAGUAUAAUUUAUGAUGUGACUGUUUAAGUCAUUGCUAAAGCAAACAGCUUUAAACAUAAGGUCUUUUUACCUGAACACCUAUUGUCUGCAGUUUUCAUUAUC